CCGGGGAUGAGAGUGACAGAGGACAAAUGCUUUGAGAGGAGGAUUGUUGAAAUGCUGGAGGAGAUCUGGGAGGAUUUGGGUGAGGGGGGGAGGCAGGGGGGAGUGAUUGCCGCGAUGAUUGCUGUAACAACUGUCCAACGGAAUAACAAAUCAAAUUAUAAAAGAUGGACACCGUGGCACAGACCCCGCCGCCGUCUGGAAUUGAUUGUCUGCACCAGGAGGUCUGUCAGAGUCCAUCAGGCAUCAUCAUCGCCGCGGGAACGCUGAGCCAUGCAGAAUAGAGAGAUCUUCCGGAGGUGUUGGCUGGUGUUCAAGAAGGCUUCCAGUAAAGGACCGCGGCGGCUGGAGAAAUACCCGGACGAGAAGGCGGCCUACUUCAGGAGCUUCCACAAAAUCACUGAGCUCCAUAACAUCAAGAACAUUACCCGGAUGCCGCGGGAGACGAAGAAGCAUGCCGUGGCGAUCAUCUUCUGUGAUGACACAUCCAAGACAUUCGCCUGUGAUUCAGAGCUGGAUGCAGAGGAAUGGUGUAAGCUGCUGUGCGUGGAGUGCCUGGGCAGCCGUCUCAACGACAUCAGCCUGGGAGAGCCAGACCUGUUAGCAGCGGGGGUGCAGCGGGAGCAGAACGAGCGCUUCAACGUGUACCUCAUGCCCACGCCCAACCUGGACAUCUACGGGGAGUGCACCAUGCAGAUCACACAUGAAAACAUCUACCUGUGGGACAUCCACAACGCCCGCCUCAAACUCGUCAUGUGGCCUCUCAGCUCGCUGCGGCGAUACGGACGAGACUCAACCUGGUUCACCUUUGAAUCCGGAAGGAUGUGUGACACAGGAGAGGGUUUGUUCACGUUCCAGACGCGGGAGGGGGAGAUGAUCUACCAGCGGGUCCACUCCUCCACGCUGGCCAUCGCCCAGCAGCACGAGAGGAUGAUGGAGGAGAUGGAGAAGAGCUCCCAGAUCCUCCCCAGAGAGACGCUCACCAAGUCCAUCUCUCUGCCGCGCAGCGCCUACUGGCAGCACAUCACGCGCCAGAACAGCGUGGGAGACCUCUACACUUUCCAAGGAAGUGGCCUGGAAAUGACUUUUAUCCCCCGAGCACAGACGUUCCCCAGCUUCCUGUCUGACGAGCAGGAGCAGAACCAGGAGCAGGCACCGUCGCCCUCUAGUGGCCGAGGGUCCAGUUGCAGCCUGAGACCCCUUCAAUGACAGAGAACUGCCCCCCCACCCCCUAAAACCGGACACUUAACUCCCCCCCCCACACCCACACACACACUGUAGAAAUAUGUAUAGACACAUGUGUAAUAUAUCAUUUCCUGGUGAAACAGUCGACUGUAGAGCAAGCAGCACACGAGAAGGAUCCUGAAAGCUCCUCUGUGUGUGUGUGUGUGUGUGUGUGUGUGUGUGUGUGUGUGUGUGUGUGUGUGUGUGUGUGUGUGUGUGUGUGUGUGUAUGUGUGUGUGAGUAGCAGUAGCUUCAAAGAUUGCACCAAAUAUGCUGUAGUUUAACAUGCUUUAUGUUGUCAUUAUGCUGUUGAAGCCAGCCGUAUCCCCCCCCCCCCCGUUUUAAAUCACACCCUCCAGCAGUACAGAAUCCCCUCAGUUUUCUGACACAUAAUCCUCCCUAACUUGCUGUACUCUGCUCCCUCUUGAAUGUGAAUCUGCCUCACUCAGACACAGCCUGACGGUGGUGGCAGUGAUGAAUCAGUCAUUCAGAGAUGCAACUCAACGAUAAACCCCUCUCUGGACUGCCAGCGCUACGGCACACUAGCAGAGCGACCUGAUUUGAGCAGCUCCUCAGCCCUCAUGCAGACUCAUACCGUACAGUCAUGGGUUCAUUAGUUAGAGGAGGGGAAAAGUGCAUCAUGGGACUCAUGGGAAAACAUCACUCUUUGAUCUGCUGGUAUUUAAAGUUAGAAAAACCUUAACAUUCAUCUUUGAGAAUCUACGCUCAGUUAAACACACUAAGAUGGCAUCAAAGGAACAGUUUGACAAUUUGGGAAAUUAGCUUUCUUUAAGAGCUUUUUUUGCAAAAGUGGGACUUCUUGAUUUUAUAAUUGCUCCAAAUAAAUGCAGGGUAUGCAGGAAGAGUAAUUUCAGCCAAGUAUAUCUCAGAGAAUUCGUACGUUUAAUAUUAAGCCAGCAGCUGGUUAGCUUAGCUUAGCAUAAAGACUGGAAACAGGUGAAAAAGCCAGUCUGUUUCUGUUUAAAGCUAACAUAAUUAACCUGUUUGCAUCUGAAAAACCACAACAAAUUGCUUUAAGCAUUUGGUUUUGCAUAGAAUUAAAAAAUGGGGUAUUUCAUGGUAGUGUGUGCACUUCAGAGGUGAAGGUAUAGGCAGAUUCCCCCUUUUCUGUGUUUUUUCCAAUGCUAGGCUAUCAAUCUUCUCUAAAUCUUGUCAAAAGGGUAUUUCCAAGAGUGUCCGAAGAUUUCCAUCUAUAAGCAACAGCUAAAAGUGAGAAAGAUUGGGAUUGAAAUAGCCCAAAUCUUCUGUAUCAUGUGAGUAAAUGACCGCUGUGUUGAUAAAUGUCCUCGAGUAAGAAGUGCCUUCAGACACAGACGGCAGAGAGACUUCUGGCUUUCGGUUUACCUACAAUAUGUACCCUUAACACGUGUUUAAAAAAGUCUUAACUUCCUCUUAAAUACUGUAGACCCAGCCUCUGAAACACUAUACCCAACCACAGUCUCGCAUCAAGACUUUUCAGCAACUUUAUAAUUAAAAAGGAUUUAAAGACAAUCAUUUUGGGGAAUGUCAAACUAAAUAAUUUAUUUGAUGUGUGUUGUUGUUGUAAAGCUGGAGAAAUUAGCACUUACUCUGUGUUGAGGUAAUGCUUGCAGUCAGUCACUUUAUUUUGUAUAUUUUAUUCAACAAAAAUGUUCAUUUAAACGCGUCCUGCCACAGAGCCACGGUCAGAUAGACGGACGUUCCUGCCCUCGUUGUCCUGAGUCUUAGCUACAGCGUGGUGAAUAAAUGUGUGUAAAAUAGAAUCAUAGAGCCACUACAUGUGGAGCGCCACAGCGGAGACUGGAGGAAGUCAAUAUCAUUAGCAGAUUCUGUUGUUUAUUGUUGACUUGUUUGUAGCUCUGACAUCUGUUGUUGUUGUUGUUGUCACGUUUUGUGUUCCUGUCAGAUUCUGUGUUGAUAGCACUUUGAAUACAUUGAGUGUAGGACUACAGUUUUCACUAAAUGUACAUAUGUAAUGUUUUUGAUGAUAAAAAAGGUAUUAAAUUGACUGUU